AUGGUGAGACCUCCUUCGCUACUUGCGACGCCCCCACCUAAUGAUUGCGAAGUACAAAGCAUAGUUGAUGUGGCGGCUCGAAAUUAUACCGGAGGUGCAUUCAAUCGCCACGUCAAUUGGCUCGGAAGAGUAUUCUGGCGGGCUUGGUUUGAUGUCGACCGUGUUGGGCUGGAGCCAGCACGCCGUGACUAUCUCGAAUACCGGUUUGGAACAAUUAUAUCCUCAAGCCAGAGGAACUAUUUUCUGGGUGGUAUUCCGUACUACAUCUUCCUUGGGUGCCCUAAAGAAAAUCCAGGGAACCGCGAGGUUUUGGCUAGGCUGGAUGCUGCUUUCACAGAAUCUCCCUACCUUUCACCAGCGAAUCACCGUCGACAAUUAUCCAAAGCAGUGGCGCAAAGCGGUUCUGAAAUAAGAUCCAAGGCAUACGAAGCUGCGAUCGUCAAUCUAAGCUCUAACUUACCGCUGCCUUCAACCUUCUACCAACAUCACUAUUGGAGAAUAUGGUACGACGAACUCCAUCCUAAGCACACUCAAUUCAAUAACGAAUAUAUCUAUGCGUUCACAUGGGAAGACCCUCGUGUUGACCAUCAACUCUUGAGUAUCAAUAACGAGGAUGUGAUUCUGGCAAUAUCAAGCGCCGGGGACAACAUUCUUGACUACUUGCAGUACAGUCCGCGGAAAAUCCAUGCCGUCGAUCUCAAUCCAAACCAGAACCAUUUACUGGAGCUCAAGGUUGCAAGUUUCACAGCCUUGAGCUACCUUGAUGUCUGGAAAAUGUUUGGGGAAGGAAAACACCCUCAGUUUAGAGAGCUUCUACUUUCGAAACUCAGCCCCCAUCUCUCCAGCCAAGCUUUUCAAUUCUGGCUAGAUCACAGUGACAUUUUUACUUCCACCUCUGGAAAAGGCUUAUAUGAAACUGGCGGAUCACGUCAUGCUCUCAAGAUGGUCCGUUAUCUCUCCAAAAUUUUUGGAUUGGACACAGAGAUCAAACGACUUUGCGAGGCACAGACCCUAGAUGAACAACGCGAAAUAUGGCCGGGGAUUCGGAAGAUUCUACUUAGCAAGGCUUUGCAUUGGGCUGUUGUCGGAACCGAAUGGUUUGCUUGGAAAGCUGCAGGGGUUCCCCCGCCACAGAGGAAUAUGAUAAUCACCGAUUUUAUGGUAAGACAUGGUCUCUCUGGCGGAGUGAAAAAGCCAUCAGAUGUCAGCGGUGAGGCGAUAUGGCAAUAUGUUGUCGAUACUCUUGAUCCCGUUGUCAAUGACACCUUGCUGAGCAAUGACAAUUACUUCUAUUUUCUGUGCCUUCAGGGCAAGUAUUCAAGAAGGUGUCAUCCAAGUUACUUGACGCCUAAAGCUCAUGUGAAGCUUUCUACUCCAGGGGCUUUUGACGGCCUACGCAUACACACGGAUGAAAUCAACGAGGUCAUCGCAAGGAUAACGCCGGGGACUCUGACCAUCGCAGUGAUCAUGGAUUCGAUGGAUUGGUUUGACCCAGAGGGCACCGCAGCAGCCACACAGGCAAGAGCCUUUAACCACGUUCUCAAAAUGGAUGGCCGUAUUCUAUUACGAUCUGCGUCAAUUCAGCCUUGGUAUAUUAAGACCUUUGAAUCUCAUGGCUUUUCGGCUCGCCGUGUGGGGGCCAGAUUUCCAGGAUGUUGUAUCGAUCGGGUGAACAUGUAUGCCUCAACAUGGAUCGUCACGAAAAUCACUGAACUGAGCCCAAUUUCCACUGAGUCGAGCAUGCCGUUGACACGCGAAAGAACUGUGAGCGACUCUUCCAGCAGCGUCGUUGACCUUCAGAUUUGA